AUGCCCGUCGCUUUGAUUAUUUCCUACAACUACCCAUCCAGCGCUAGCCUUCCUACUUCCGCCUACGGAGUGUACAUCCUUCCACCAAUUCCUACCGAGGGUCUCACUUCCGCCGAUGCUGGGAGCCUUAUGGAGAAGACGCAUGCAGCUAUGAGUGAGGUGUUUGACCUAACGGUCAGUGCCAACAAGGAAGACCUAUGGAUGGAUCUGAGGAACAGAAAGAAGCUUCAAGGUGAAGAGGGAGAGGAGCAAAAGCAAUAUUUGCAGUAA